GCCUCUGGGAGGGGGAAAAAAGCUGUUGUUUAACGAGCGAAAUAAUCCGCAGAGGAAUGUUCUCGAUACGGUUUUAAACAAGCUAGCAUGGCAGGCUAACUUGACAGAAAAUAUUCAACCGGACGGUAUCUUCGUGGUAUUUAAGGUCCAAGUCCCGCCUCUUUUAUCUGAUUGGUCGGUGUAGGCCAGACCGCGUCACGUGACAGUCAGAUGCCGGAAGACUUUGAAGAACGGAUCCAUGAUGGCUGUAGUUCUCCUGUGGUUCUUCCUGGUGAGCCCGGUGGCACUGGCUGCAAGCAUGCCUGUUAAUAAUGGGACAGUACCUCUGGUUCUGUGGCAUGGAAUGGGCGACAGCUGUUGCAAUCCAAUCAGCUUGGGCGCGAUAAAGAAAAUGAUCGAGCAGGAGAUUCCGGGCAUUUACGUGCUUUCACUGAUGAUCGGCAAGAAUGUUGUGCAGGACACCGAAAAUGGCUUUUUCAUGGACGUGAACGAGCAGGUGUCCGUGGUGUGCGAUCAACUCGCUCAAGACCCCAAGUUGAAGGGAGGCUACAACGCUAUGGGCUUCUCCCAGGGGGCGCAAUUUCUGAGAGCCGUGGCACAGCGAUGUCCUUCCCCGCCUAUGAAAAACCUCAUCUCUGUGGGCGGGCAGCACCAAGGCGUGUACGGGCUGCCGAGGUGUCCCGGAGAGAGCUCGUACAUUUGCGACAUGAUCCGAAAGGCCCUGAACACGGGGGCGUACAGCGACUUGGUGCAAAAACACCUGGUGCAGGCCCAGUACUGGCACGACCCUUUAAAGGACGACCUGUACAAGAAGCACAGUCUCUUCCUGGCUGACAUCAACCAGGAGAGGGUGCUAAAUGAGACGUAUAAGAAGAACCUUCAGAUGCUGGACAAGUUCGUCAUGGUGAAGUUUCUGCAGGACACGGUGGUCGAUCCGGUGGAUUCUGAGUGGUUCGGCUUCCUAAAGACCGGGCAGGCCAAAGAGACGGAGACUCUCCAAGAGAGCGUUCUUUACAAAGAGGAUCGCCUGGGCCUGGCCGCCAUGGACAAGGCAGGGAAGCUGGUUUUCCUGGCCACUGAAGGAGACCACCUGCAGUUUAGUAGAGAGUGGUUCAACGCAAACCUGCUGCCUUACCUACAUUAGAGAAAACUCCUGGUUUUCGCUAAUUCCUUUCUGUUGCACUGAGGAUCUGUCGCAUGCUGAUGGGUUAAAGUUUACUGUUAACUUCUGUCCUGUGUAAAUGUAGUCGGUUUUUUUUAGAAAUGUUGACUAUUUUAACAAUAACAUGAUUUUAACAUGCAUACAUUUGUAGUAGGAGCUAUUCAUGCUUUGUUUGUGUUUACUUUGUUUUGGGGACCUAUAUUUGGUUGGACCACAGGUGGCGGUAUUGAGGGGCUGCAUACUUGUGAGGAAGUGAUGGUGACAGUCUUUUCCGCUUCUGCUGCUCAGCACAGUCUUAUGUGCACAGUCGCCAUCCAUCCACACUUGCCGCCAUUUUACAGACAACGAAUUGACUUGACAUCUUGUGCAAUAAAGAACAUUUCUUAACAAGUAA